AAAGGCAAAGAGGUCAAGAGGAGGAGAGAAGAAAAGCACGUGUGAUCCAUACAGCGUUGUCCUUCCUUAGCACACUUGUUUUUGUAAGCUCGCCUCCUUCGCAUGUAGACUGUGACAACCGACCCAAAAGCAAACUAAGCAGACUCGUGAAUACCUCCUCUCCAAUACUGUCACUGUUUUUUUGACCAUGGUGAGCAAGACGGACGACACCCUGGCUACAGCGCCCGGCUGCAGUCCGGCUGAUGUUGCGGAGGAAGCCGGGGAUGGAGCGCAGGACGUCCACGAGAGCAGCAGGACUCAUUUGAAGGAGUCGUGCAGUUGUGACACAGUCAUGGUGAAUGGCGGCGGGGCACAUGAGCACACAGAUGAGUUGGACUCAAAGAGGGACGGGCAAAGUGAAGGGAAUGGAGGAGACGAGUCUAACGAGCAGGAGGUGAUCGUCAUCCAGGACACGGGCUUCACUGUCAAGAUCCAGGCGCCCGCUGCUGAGCCCUUUGACCUCCAGGUGUCACCUCAGGAGAUGGUACAGGAAAUCCAUCAGGUGUUGAUCGACAGAGAGGACACCUGCCACCGCACUUGUUUCUCACUCCAGCUGGACGGGAACGUUUUGGCCAACUUCUCUGAGCUGAAGUCAAUUGAAGGCCUACAGGAAGGUUCGCUCCUCAAAGUGGUGGAAGAGCCAUACACUGUGCGUGAAGCCCGGAUCCAUGUGCGCCAUAUAAGAGACCUAUUAAAGAGUCUAGAUCCGUCAGACGCCUACAAUGGGGUGGACUGCAACUCUCUCUCCUUCCUCAGUAUUUUUACAGAUGGAGACCUUGGAGAUAGUGGUAAGAGGAAGAAAAAGGGCAGUGAACUGGAGCAGAUUGACUGUACCCCACCAGAGCAUAUUCUCCCUGGCAGUAAAGACCGGCCACUGGUACCCCUUCAGCCACAGAAUAAAGAUUGGAAGCCUAUGCAGUGCCUGAAAGUCCUGACAAUGAGUGGCUGGAAUCCUCCCCCCGGAAAUAGGAAGAUGCACGGCGAUCUCAUGUACCUGUACAUCGUGACAGUAGAAGAGCGCCACGUCAGUGUCACUGCCUCAACACGUGGCUUCUACCUCAACCAGUCAACUACCUACACCUUCAACCCUAAACCAGCCAACCCUAGUUUCUUGAGCCAUUCUCUGGUGGAAUUGCUGAGCCAGAUCAGCCCUGCCUUUAAGAAGAACUUCACUGCCCUGCAAAAGAAAAGGGUCCAGAGACAUCCAUUUGAGCGAAUAGCCACGCCUUUCCAGGUGUACAGCUGGACGUCACCUCAGGUUGACCACGCCAUGGAUUGCGUUCGAGCCGAGGAUGCCUACACCUCCCGCUUGGGUUAUGAGGAACACAUUCCAGGGCAGACUAGAGAUUGGAAUGAGGAGCUUCAGACAACAAGAGAGCUUCCUCGGAAGAACCUGCCGGAGCGCUUGCUGAGGGAGCGAGCUAUUUUCAAGGUCCAUAGUGACUUUGCAGCAGCGGCCACACGUGGAGCCAUGGCAGUCAUAGACGGAAAUGUAAUGGCCAUCAACCCUGGUGAUGAAACGCAUAUGCAGAUGUUCAUCUGGAACAACAUUUUCUUCAGCCCGGGCUUUGACGUGCGGGAUCAUUAUCGUGAACUGGGUGGGGAUGCUGCUGCCCAUGCUGCACCUACGAACGACUUGAAUGGUGUGAGAGCGUACGGGGCGGUGGAUGUGGAGGGACUCUACACACUUGGCACAGUGGUAGUAGACUACAGAGGCUACCGAGUCACUGCCCAGUCAAUAAUCCCGGGCAUACUGGAACGUGAGCAGGAGCAGAGUGUCAUCUAUGGCUCCAUCGACUUUGGAAAGACAGUUGUGUCUCAUAGCAAAUACCUGGAGCUUUUGGCGAAGACCAGCAGGCCCCUCAAAGUACAAAGGUACAACGUGCUCAAUGAGAAGAACGAAGCAGUGGAGCUUUGCUCGUCAGUCGAAUGUAAGGGCAUCAUUGGAAAUGAUGGCCGUCACUAUAUUCUGGACCUUCUUCGCACCUUUCCACCUGACCUCAACUUCCUUCCUGUGGAGGGAGAGGAGUUGGCUCCGGACUGUCAGCGCCAGGGUUUUCCCCGCCAGCAUCGCCAUCGCCUCGCCUGUCUUCGCCAAGAGCUCAUUGAGGCCUUUGUAGAGCACAGAUAUCUCCUCUUCAUGAAGAUGGCUGCCCUACAGCUUAUGCAACAGAAAGCCAACAAGGAAGCAAACAAAAAUGAAAAACUUCCCGCCAUCACUCAAACUUCAGAAACUGAAACCAAUUCUGAUGCAACCCAAGCCACCGAGUCAGAUUCCAGCACGCAAGCGACUGACGGAGAUGAAACUCCUUCAAAAGCAGCCACCAAUGGGCCUCUGGAGCCUACAGCCACACAGAAUGGGGAGUGCAAGAGCCCACUGGAGGGUAAGGACCUUGAGGAAAGUAUUCCAGGAUUAGCUCAGGCCAAAGAGCUGGCGGAGACCUUAGUUGCCGAAGAUGGAUCUGGUAUUGACCCCAAAAGCCGUGAGGUUGUUCUCAAUGCCUGCAAGGCUGUCGGCUCCAUCAGCAACACGUCUUUCGACAUCCGCUUCAACCCUGACAUUUUCUCUCCUGGGGUGCGUUUCCCUGAAGAUAGCGCUGACGACAUCCAGAAACAAAAGCAGUUACUCAAAGAUUCUGCUGCCUUCCUCGUUUCCUGCCAGAUACCGUCGUUGGUUAAAGACUGUUUGGACCAAAGUGCGCUGCCAAUGGAUGGAGCCACUCUGACAGAGGCGUUGCACCAGCGAGGCAUCAAUAUACGAUACUUGGGCACCGUACUAGAGUUUGUGGACAAGACCCCUGCCAAGGCCCAGUUGGAACACUUUUAUAGAAUAGGAAUCAUUGAAUUGAUCACCAGAUGUGCAAAACAUAUCUUCAAAACAUACCUCCAGGGUGUGGAGCUGUCUGCUCUCUCUGCUGCUGUAAGCCAUUUCCUCAACUGUUUCCUGAGCUCCUUCCCAGAUGCGGUCACUCACCUGCCGGCCGAUGAGCUUGUUUCGCGACGCAAAAGUCGUAAGCGGCGCAACAAGGUUCCUGGAAGUGGCGACAACACGGCGUGGGCCAGCCUGACGCCCAGCGAGUUGUGGAAGAACAUUGCCUCUGAGGCACAGAGCUACUAUCACUUCACCUUUCAAUGCGAAAACGUGGACCAUAUGGUGGAGAAAUACGGCCUUCAGAAAAUCACUUUGCUCAGAGAAAUAUCGGUCAAAACGGGCAUACAAAUUCUGAUAAAGGAGUAUAACUUUGACAGCCGCCACAAGCCUACCUUUACAGAGGAGGACAUUCUAAAUAUUUUCCCUGUGGUAAAACAUGUCAACCCCAAAGCCUCAGACGCCUUCCACUUCUUCCAGAGUGGCCAGGCCAAGGUGCAGCAAGGAUUUUUGAAGGAGGGGUGCGAGCUGAUCAAUGAGGCCCUCAACCUCUUCAACAAUGUGUAUGGAGCUAUGCAUGUGGAAAUCUGUGCCUGCCUGCGCCUUUUGGCUCGCCUUAAUUACAUCAUGGGGGACCAUGCUGAGGCACUCAGCAACCAGCAAAAGGCUGUUUUGAUGAGCGAAAGAGUUCUCGGCAUCGAGCACCCCAACACAAUUCAAGAAUAUAUGCAUUUGGCUUUGUACUGCUUUGCCAACGGACAGCUGUCCACGGCAUUGAAGCUGCUAUACCGAGCUCGAUAUCUUAUGCUGCUGGUGUGCGGUGAGGACCAUCCGGAGAUGGCACUACUAGACAGCAACAUCGGGUUGGUAUUACACAGUGUGAUGGAGUAUGAUUUAUCUCUGAGAUUUCUGGAGAGUGCUUUAGCAAUCAACUCCAAGUACCAUGGACCCCGGUCACUUAAAGUAGCGCUCAGUCAUCAUCUUGUCGCAAGAGUUUACGAAAGCAAAGCGGAGUUCCGCUCAGCGCUACAGCAUGAAAAGGAAGGCUACACUAUUUACAAGAACCAGAUGGGCGAGGCUCACGAGAAAACCAAGGAAAGCUCAGAGUACCUGAAGUGCCUCACCCAACAGGCUGUUGCUCUGCAGAGAACAAUGAAUGAGAUUUACAAAAAUGGCUCCAGCGCCAGCAUCAUGCCCCUCAAGUUCACUGCUCCCAGCAUGGCCCACAUUCUGGAACAACUCAACAUCAUCAAUGGCAUUAUUUUUAUCCCUCUAAGCCAAAAAGAUCUGGAGAAUCUGAAAGCUGAGGUGCAACGGCGACAGCAGCUACAGGAACCAGAGAAGAACGAGCAGCUGGAGAAGGUUGAACUGCCCAGAGAAGAUAGCCCGCUGCAACUGGAGGACAAAAUUCCCGUUGAUUAAUGUCCAAAAGCACUCGACUCACUUUUUUUUGCGUUGUGAAGGGUGAAGACAGUGUUAUAAGUCUUGUCAUCAUGCCUGCCAACUCAGAAACGGAGUAAACUUUAUCAGCGUUGAAAUAGAAAAUAAUGAUAAUAACGUAAGUGGAUAAACAUUAUGUGUCAAGGGUCCAGAGAACACAUUGUAUGAUGUGUAGGACAAAGGAAAAGUGAGCAGGCAAUUCCUACAAAGUAGGAGGGGGGGGAAGAAGUGAAACCAUCUAAUCCAUGUAACAUGCAGCAUGAGGAAAUCCUGCCGUGAGGUGUUAAGAAAUCUGAUGUAUUGGAGCAAGAGAUCCUAGUUUGUGGAUUCAAGACCAAGGGUGACAUUCUAUACCAGAGCCUUAUCUGUUGUAUUAAAAGGCCUAGUUAUUUCCCAACCUGCAGUGCUGUCAACCACAAUCAUGUUGCUUCCAAAAAGAGCCUUCAAGAGCCAAGGGCGUGUACCCCAUAUAAGACGGUCUACAUUCUAUUGUUCCAUAAAAUCAGAUUUAAAUAAAUUUGACUGUGGGCCUGGCUUUGGAUUUGUAAGAAUGUACUGCUCAUUUUCCACGCCCUUGAUGGUUGUUAAAUUGAGUCUUGUGUGCUGCCUGCACAGUUCCGCAAGCAAACAGUGAAAUGUUGGACCGCUUUGCUGGAUUUUUUUUAAAAGUGAAACAUACACAGGAAAGCUACGAUGAAAUUUUAGACCUGUUAAUUUAAGGUAUUACUGUUUUAUAGAAAAUGUAUAGAAUGGGGCAAAAUGCAUAAAUAUAUAUCAAAUUUAAACGCAAUCUUGUUUCAUGAAAUAUAUCCAUAAACCGUCCUCUUGAAAGAUUCCGCCAUAUACUAACUGUUCAAUCUUCUAUUUUUACACAUUAAGACUGCAUGUAUGUUUGUAUGUGUGACUUUGUAAAUCUGUGUAAUCAAACAGGACCGCUCAUAAGAGGUCUGAUCUGAACAUUGGCUUUCCAAAUGUUUUAUUUUUCUAUGCAUAGUUAGCAUUUUGGAUGGCUGGCGAAAAAUUAACCUCUUAUUUUUGGACAGGUGCUCAACUAUGGUAACCGGUCCUUGUUGUUUGCGUGUACUUUUUCUUUCCUUAUUCAAGAUAGCACUACGCAGGAAUAUGACUGCACAUUCUCCGCAGCAAUGAAAAUGGUUUAAAAAAAAUAAAAAUGAGGGGAGCGGGCUAUCUUGAUUGAGUUGUACAACUCCCCCUCGAAAAAGACUUGACAGUUUGAGCUUGUAUAAUGCAAUGUAACUCUUCUGAGGCAAUGUGUAACUUAAUCGGCUAUGUAUCAGUGUUUGUGAUUAAAGCGAGCAAUAUAGAGCUGGUGCUGCAAAAUACAUUUAGAAAUGCAAAUUUAUGAUGGAGUGACUGAAAUACCUUAAAGGAUGCAACAAUGUGAGCAGUUACGUCAAAAUGAUUGCAAUCAUUUUCCUGCUUCUGAUUGAAGUUUCGGGGCAGGUGAAUAUAUUCUUCAUAAAGGUGAUUGAUACAUCUU